CGAUAUGAGUGUUCUCAGCGUGCUAGGCUCGCUGGCAAGCGACCCCAGCCCGCUAAAACUGGUCGCAUGGUUUAUUGGUUUAGCAAUGUUCGCAUCUCUUGCAUCCGGCAUCUACAGCGCCUACCUCCACCCAUUGUCCAAUUAUCCAGGGCCUCGGAUUGCAGGUGCCACGAGACUUUGGUUCUGUUACCACCUGAUUUGCGGCGACCUGCAUCUGGCGAUCCAUCAGUUGCACCUAAAGUACGGCGAGGUGGUUCGCAUUGCGCCGGAUGAACUAUCGUACACCCAUGCCGACGGUUGGAAUCAAAUCUAUGGACAGAGACCCGGAAAACUCGAGAUUGCUAAAGAUCCUCUAUUCUACGGAACGCUGAGCUCCGGCCCUGGUAGCAUCGUCAGUUCACCUCGUGAUCGACAUGCCGUCCUGCGCAAACAGAUGGCACCUGGGUUUUCGGAGCGCGCGAUGAGAGAACAGGAGGCUAUUAUUCGCUCGUACGCCGAUUUGUUGAUCAAUGCUUUAAUGCAGAACGGAGAAGCCAGAGUCGCUGACUUGGUGCGCUGGUAUAACUAUUUCACCUUCGACGUAAUGGGUCAUCUGGUCUUCGGCGAACCCUUCGACUGUUUGAAAUGCACCGGCUACCACCCAUGGGUUGGACUGAUCUUCGAUGCUAUGCGGUCGAGCGCCUUCAUCCGAUCGUCCAAUUUCUGGCCGUGGCUCACACCCCUGAUUCGAAAGUUCAUUCCCAAGGAGAUGCAGCGUCGCCGACUUGAGCAGAAAGAAAUGGCGCGGGGGAAGGUCGCGCUCCGUAAAAGUAUCAAAGAAGCACCAUACGAUCUCAGCGCGAGUAUGUUGAAGCCGGAUAGCGGUGUCACACCGCAGGAAUACCAGGCCACAGUAGAGUCAAUUAUUAUCGCCGGCAGCGAGACAACCGCUACCGCCUUAUCGGGCGUCACAUUUCUUCUGCUCAAGAACCCGGAUAAAUUGGAGAGGGUUGUCAACGAGGUGCGGUCUGCUUUUGCGUCGCCCGAGGACAUCUCCUUUGUCAACGUCAAUAAGUUGCCGUAUCUGCUGGCGUGUUUGAACGAGGCACUGCGGAUUUACCCUCCCAUCCCGGACGCGUUUCCCCGUAACACGAUGUCGAAUGUGGAGAUGGUUUUGGAUCAACUGGUGCCUCCAAAUACCAUUAUCCGUAUGACCCACUGGGGAACGUUCCAUUCUCCGCGGAACUUCACGCGACCGGAUGAGUACCUCCCCGAGCGAUGGCUCGAUAAAGACCCUCUGUUCGUGAACGACAAGAAAAACGCAUUCCAGCCAUUCCAGGUUGGUCCGCGGAACUGCAUCGGCCGAAACUUGGCAUACCUGGAAAUGCGAUUGGCGAUGGCGUUAGUCCUGUGGCAUUUUGACAUGGAACUCUGCGAGGAGUCAAAAGACUGGAAUAACCAGAAAGUGUACUUGUUGUGGGAAAAGCCAGCGUUGAUGGUGAAGAUGUCGCCACGGAUAUGAGCCAGGCUCACUGUCUAUUUCUGGAGAUAGAGAAAUCAUAUCCCGUACAUGGUUGGAUUUCUCGGCUAAAAUUGGUAUAAGGUAUAGCAAGAAAUAUGGAAUGAAUGUGGACGCCAUAGGCACAGCAUUAUGAUUGCG